CAUUAUCUCGCGAAGAGAGCUGAAGUAUUCGAUCCAGAGAAGGCAUCACAUAUUGUAAAGGGCUCACCAUCGAUUGGGAGUGACACUGUUUAUUUUUCUAUUGUUGAUGAUUAUGGGAACGCAUGCAGUUUUAUCGCGGCAGUUCCAAAAGACUGUGGCUUCUCACUCCAGUGCCGUGGGUCAGGGUUUGUCUUACAGGAAGGCCAUCCUAACUGUGUUGCUCCAAGCAAGCGACCAUAUCAUACGAUUAUUCCAUCUUUGGCCACCAAGCAUGAUGAGUUGUGGGUUUGCUUUGGAGUUAUGGGCGGAGAUAUGCAGCCACAAGGCCAUGUACAAGUAAUCUUAAACCUGCUCGAAUUUGGUUUCAAUCCCCAGAUGGCUCUCGACGCACCACGCAUUCGUCUUGCCCCUGGAGACGACGAAGCAGAUGGGCAAUCAUACUACGUGUGCGUCGAAGAGGCCAUGGACGAAAACGUUGUAAACAAGCUGGGUGAACUAGGUCAUCGGGUAAAAGUGAUUACAGGAUGGGAGAGGUCUAUGUUUGGCAGAGGCCAGGUGGUGCAAUUGAUCAAAGAUAAGAAGGGGGGUAGGUUAUGGGCUGCUGGAAGCGACUGUAGAGGAGACGGAUGUGCUUUGGGGUGGUAA